AACCCUAACCCCAGGUCUGCCCACACUGCAAGGGAACUGGAACACUGGAACACCCUCUGAAUUGAGUUUGCUGAGAACUAAAAGCUGUUUAGCACCUGAGAGAAAGGUUAGUGUAAGAUUUAGCAUAACAUGGCAUUUAAAGUCUACAGAACAUUUAUUUCUUCUUAAAAAGCUUUCAGUCCUGUAUAGAUCACUGAUCUUUAAUGGCACCAUAUAUGUUGAGUGAUGUGAAGAAUCGUUAGAGGAGUUCAUGGAAGCUUUGGUGCAGAACCUAAGUGUGAGCUGAUUACAUCAUCGCGCCGCGUGUCUGAGCCGUGAUGCUCGCGCAGACAAAGGCACUGAAGAGAAAGGAACGCACGCCAUCCUCUCCACGUCCCCACAAACGCAGGGUGGGAUUCUAAUUACAUCUCUGCCACCUCAAGCUGCGUAAACAUGAAUGAACAGCAGGAUACACAAAAGCCUAAAUAGCAAUGAUAAAUAUAGAAGACUAAAUAUAAAGAGUGCUUUAGGUAUAAAGACAUUGAAAUAAUCCUGUCUGAUAGCUGUCUGCAUUUUAUAUAUCAAUGAAUCUAUAUUUCUGUGUGUAGAAAUAUAGGUAGGGAUGGUUUUGUAUGCUACAAAAGGAAUGUAAACUAUAAGAGAAAGAUGUGUUUCCUAAAUAUUUACAAUUCUGGACAUUUUGUAAAUGACUUAUCUGUCAUCCUUUCUGAAAAAUAUACAUAUGUGUAUGCAUAUGGGUCUAUUAUCAAAAAUGAAUUUCCUGUGUAUUUAAAAUGCUAUUAUAAUUAGGAAGGGCAUGACAUAGGCAGGCAGGCCAGCUGCUCACAGCCACGGCUGAGUGUGAUGUGGUUUGAUUUAUUCAGCGUCUCCCUUGCCAUGGGCCCCGUGAGCUGGACAGGACAGAUGGGCACUGUGUUGGUGAUUAUAGAUGUCUAAUAUGUGCUCGGGGCAGAGGAGCAGGUGUGUGUGAUUUGGGAAGGGCAGGCUGGCUAGCUGCUGACGGCUCUGUUUCCCUUUAAGUCACACUGAUGAGACUGACAGCGUAAGUUGCAAUUCCCUCAGUGGACUCCUGUCACAACCACCAUAUGCAUAGUCACCAUGGCAACAGUGGUCUUGUGUUUAUGAGGCUGAAGAGCUGUGCCCGUGUAUAAUCUAUGAUUGUGUGCUAGUUAUAAUAUCUAUAUUUACAUAAUGUAUGAUUGUGUGCAGUUUAUAUCUAUAUUUACAUAAUCUGUUGUGCAGUUUAUAAUAUCUAUCUAUCUAUCUAUCUAUCUAUCUAUCUAUCUAUCUAUCUAUCUAUCUAUCUAUCUAUCUAUCUAUCUAUCUAUCUUUCUUUUAAAGGCUGCCUAAUACUGCAACAUCUUUUAUAAUGUUUUAAUUAUGAUCACAUAAAAAUAAUCUCCACUUUUCUUACUAGCCCCAUUUUUGGCAGUCUUGAUCAGUUGACAAGCUUGUAAAUUUCUUCUGUGUACCAUGCAAACAGCGUGCAGUGUUAGUCUAGAGGGUGAUGGUUCCCCUGAUGUAAAGAAGACCCUCUUUCAGGGAAGUCUGGAUAACUGCCAUUAACCACCUCAUUCUUGUUUUGGUAUAACUUGGGACAAGACCAAAGGUGUUUUUUUUUGUUUGUUUGUUGACCAGGAUGUUGAGGAGUACGCAGAUUCAAGACCUUCACAGAACGCCUGCACACGGUCAGGAUGGAAAAUAUGCUCCUCACAAAUACGACAUUCAUGACUCGUGAUUAUUGCAAACUCCUGAAGACGUUUCUUCAAAUUCCACACGCUCCAGGGUUUUUCCUCAAAACGAAGGAGGAUUUCCACGCAUCCACAUCCCCCAAACCAUUGAGCCAUCAAACUUUCCCUUAUGCUCACACAAACAACACGACUGCCAUCUGCAUCCUCCACAUGUGCCGGGAAUCAUGGGUAGUGUCAGCAGUUUGAUUUCUGGCCACAGCCUCCACAGUAAACACAGCAGGUCUGUGGCCACACCCAGAAAGGGUUUGCAGGGGAGGAAAAGUGGGCGUGGCCUGGACAGUCUUCUCAAACAUGGCUUCGCUCAGGACUCCAGCGCCAACAACAACACCAAAGUCAGCUACCGUUCCGGAAAAAGCGAAGACUUUUUAUACAUUAAGGUGAGCAAUAACCCGAAAGCAGGAGCCCAGAGGAGCACAACAGACAAGGCAGAGGAGCAGGUUGAGAUGGGCCAGAAGAAAGGAACACUACCAGAACUGGUACCUGUGUCUGGGAAACUGGACAAGAGUGCAGAAAAGGCCUUGAUUCGUCCUACGGCCUUCAAACCAGUUCUCCCACGGAGCUCCAGCUCCUUGGUGGAGACCCACAACAACCUGAGCACCAUCCUGGGGGUGUGGAUCAGUCCCAUUGACAGGCAGAAGGAGUCACAGGAGCCCAAGCAGGAGAGCAUAUCAGGAACGCUGUCCGAUUCCGGGCGGAACUCCAUGUCUAGCCUCCCUACUCACAGCACAAGUGGCAGUAGCCAGACAGACAACCUCAGCACCUGCAUUGGACACCCACAGCAAUACGGAGGGACUUCCCCAAAUUCCACCUUGCAGGGAGGUGUGGCCGGGGGCGUAGCGGGGGGUGUGGCUGGGGGCAUGGCCAGGGGCUGCAGGACUGCAGCUACCAGCUGGGUGGGCGGUGGAGUUAGCGGGAAUAACAGCACUGUUGACAGGGGUACUGGUGGGACUGCAAAUCCCAGCACCAGAUCAGUUGGAGUGCUGAGUGACUAUGUGUCUGGGCCUAACCCCAACCCCAACCCCAACCCCAACCCCAAUCCCAAUCCCAAACCCAACCCCAACGCCAACUGUGUGCCUAAAUCGGCGAGUCUGAACAGGGACGGUACUGAUGCAUCACUGACUCAGGACCCUGGGAGUCUGUUGUCAGAGCCAAGCCCCACCAAGUCGUCAGCGUCGGGGGGCGGCGUGCGCUCACCCAUCUCCACUGAUGAGUCUCUUAUCCAGCAGCUGGAGAGGCAACUCCUAGACCGAGAGUCAGAGCUGGCUGAGCUGCAGACAUGCUUUGAGGAGAAGGAGUGGGACACGUGUCAGCUGUUUGAGGAGAACCAACGCUACUGUGUGGAUGAGAUGACAGGCCUAAAACAGCGGUGCUCCACCAAACUGCGCCAGGUAUCCCAGCGUGCACUACAGACUCAGCAGGUGUUACAGCAGCAGGUCCUGCAUCUCCAGCAGGAGGUGGAGCGGCUGCAGGAGGAGGUGGAGCGCCUUACACAGGCCAGGGAGGCGGCCGAGAACCAGCUAAGGAGCUACAAAAACCAGCAGGACCAGUUAGCGCCCACGCUGGAGGAGACACAGUGGGAGGUGUGUCAGAAGGCAGGUGAGAUCUCCCUCCUGAAACAGCAGCUGAAGGAGUCACAGGGUGAUGUGGUGUCCAAGCUGGCUGAGAUCAUCAGGCUGAAAGCCUCCCUCAGAGACGCCAGGACCUGCCUGGAUGACCUACAACAGAAGACCAGGGAGUAUGAGGAAGCCCUGCGCUCACAGAGCACCGAAGUGGAGGUGUGUCAGAACGAACUCCAGAGGAAGAAGAGCGAGGCAGAGGUGCUCCGAGACAAGGUGGCCAAGCUUCAGAUGGACAUCAGAGGGAUGAAGCAGGACCUGGCGCUGGCCAAGGAGCACCAUUUGCAGCUCAGCCAGGCCAAGAUGGAGGGCUCUGGGGUAUGCAGAGUCAAGAUGGGGAAUUUAGAUGGCUCGGGAGAGGGCAAAGCAGGUGAACUAAACAUCACUGCCCUUCAUAAGGAGGUGGAAAGACUGAGAGAACAACUGAAAGAAGAGAAAGAAAAGAAGGACAAGAUGAUAAGCAGUUUCCAAGAGGAGAGGCAAAUAUGGAAUACUGAAAAGGACAGAGUGAUCCGCUACCAGAAACAGCUGCAGUACAAUUACCUGCAGAUGCACAGGAAGAAUCAGGCAUUGCAGAAGAUCCUGAGGGAUCUCACGGCAGAGCUGGAGAACAGGGCCGAGCAAGACCUGGACCCCCAGAGUCCUGACCUGCCCCAUGACAGCGUCACUGCCACUGAGAUAUGAAACAGGCUGGGACUCCAUGAGUCUGAGAGCGCGUGAGGGCAAACUUUGUAUUGGCCUGCACACAAACACCUUCUAACCUCCACUAAGAAUCCUGGUCUUCCAGUUUUAUCUCCCAAAGGGCAAACUGCGACUCCAAAGUGUUAUGCUGCAGCCCCAGUAGAGGAUGUCAGAGAGUUAUGUGGUUUAAAUCAAACGCGGCUCUUGUAUGAGGAAACAUACUGCUGUCUACAUGUGAAUACCAGAAGAUGAUGUAUACCAAGCACAUGUAUGCAAGGAUUAUAUCAGUGUGCUAUUACUGUAUAUAUCAUUAGCCACAAAAACCCUUAAAACGAUCUAUAAUAAACACUAUAAUUAAAGACUAUAAACUAUAAACUAUAGGCAUACACUAUAACUACAGGCAUACACUGUAACUACAGACAAACUAUAACAGACAUACACUAUAAUUACAGGCAUACACUAUAACUUCUCUUCAUGGCUGGUGUCUGCUGUUUUUCCCUCCAGUGUGAACAAUUUCUCAGCGCAGGGAAACAGGGUUUGGCAUGCAGUUGGUUUCAGCCGCCGCAGUUUGUCUGUGACAAGUGUACAGUUUCCUUUCCAUAACACAAGGCAUUUUUUCCAUUUUGGAUAAAGAUUCAAAUAAGACUGUCACGAAAUAGCAAGUGAAUGUACACAUUAUAAAGGGCAAACGAGGAUUUUAUUGAGUAUUUAUAAUCACUGUAUAGCAUACAACGAAGAUUUCCACCCAGAAGCUGGAAGAAACUGCCAUGAUAGAGCUACGUUCCUCUCUACACUAACCCUAACCCUCUCUACCUGUUAACCCUAACCCUAACCCUCUCUACCUGUAACUCAGCCUAACGCAUUCUAACACACCAUAACUCACCCUAACACACUCUAACUCACCCUAAUUCCCUCUAACACACUCUACUACACCCUAACUCCCUCUAACACACAGAUCCUUUGGAAUUGUUGGUUUGACAUCCAGACUGUCAAGUAUGAAGAGGGUGGUGAGAUGUAUGUAUUGUAUAUUGUUUAUUUAUUUUGAAUAAAUGCUAAUGCUUUAGAAGAAUUGGUGGUGCUUUAUGUCUUUCAUGCAGGCAGGAAUUCUAGCUCAACUCAGACUGGAACGUUACAUCACACGUGUGCAGAUUACACCUGUAUUCACCUGGAAAGAACUAGAGUUGCCAUAAGAACAUACAGCUAUGCAGAGGGAUAUUAGAUUAGGGUAUUUUAGAUUAUAUGAAGGAAUAUUAGAUUACAUUUACCUGACACUUUUAUCCAAAGCAACUUACAAUUAUGACUGAAUACAACUUGAGCAAU